GCAACCUGCAAGGAUUUUGGACUGGCUCUUCCUUGGUGAUUUGGCUGAUGCAACGGACCUGGAGCUCCUGGACAGCCGUGGAAUCGGAGCUGUGCUCAACCUCAUUGGCUGGUGGGAGCUACAGGCUUUGCUGCCUGAGGGCACGGAUCUUGUGUCACUUUUUGGGCAACACGAUGUGGAGUACUUGGAGGCAGACUCUGAGGAUCGGCUCUUCUUCGAUAUUGUGGACAUGUCCUGGCCAUCCUGCGAGCGCUUUCUGGAGAAAUGCCAAGAUGAAAACCGGAAGGUGCUGGUAAACUGCCAGGCGGGGCACAACAGAUCUGCUUGUAUGGUGGUUUGUUGGCUAGUGCAGAGAGAAGGAUACUGUCUGCUAGAAGCACUGGAACAUGUACAAAGUCUACGUGGGACUGUGUUAUCCAACAACGGUUUUCGUUUGCAGCUUGUGCGUUUGGCACUGAAGAUGGAUCAGCUUGGAGAUUUGCCUGCGAGAGCUCGCACGCCGUUGGUUGAAAAAAAUAUCUCAGGUGAUCAACCUGUGGACCUAGGCAAGAUCAUCAACCGGAAACGGCUUAGUGUCAAAUAUGGCCACAAUUCCAAAGACUGGUCAGGCCAGUCUCUGGAAAUUCGAUGCCACCGGCAGACUUCGAUCAUAUCAGAAGAAGUGAAUGGUUUGGUGAGUCAGCGGAAAUUGUCAUUGGAGUUGGUGGCAUGUUUGACUCACUGGAAAAAGAAUUUCCUCUGUGACUACGAGUACACCGCCGAUCCGCCGGCAGUCAUUGGACGUGGUUUCAGCGGUGAUGUUGUGCUAUGUCGACGCCUGCAUGAGUUUGGAAGACCUCAAAAUCUUCGAUGCGUGAAGCGCUUUAAUUUGAAAGCCAUGAAGCCAGACCAUUUGGAAAAACUGAAGAAUGAAGCGAUAAUUUACUUAUCUUUGGAACAUCCGCAUAUUGCAAGGCUGUUUGAUGUUUAUGAGGAUGAGGAAGAGCUGAGUCUGAUCAUGCAAUACUGCAGUGGAGGCACACUCCAAGAUGCUCUUCAUAAAGAGUUUGCAGAAGAAGACUUUAAGCAAGCCGCUGUCCAAAUGCUGAGAGUCUUGAGCUACAUUCACAGUGCUGGCAUCGUCCACCGUGAUAUCAAGCCUCGCAAUUGGGUCUAUGAAGCAGAGAGGAAGGUCUUGAAACUCAUCGAUUUUGGCUUUUCCGCGAAACGGCUGAUGCUUGGGGAAGGCUUUGACCAGCUGAAGGGUUGUCUGGGCACCUUGGGCUACCUGGCCCCGGAGGUCUGGCU